UGUGCGCUAAUGAGGCUGUAGUGGGCACUGAUAGGCUGCACUGAUGGACACUGAUAGGUGGCACUGAUGAGGAAGCACUGGUGGCACCAGGGGCAGACUGACAACUCAUGGGGCCCUGGGCUAUAGGGGAUCAUGGGGCCCCUGUGUCCUUGCCCACACUCAAAAAAGCCUAUGAAAAAGGUACCAGGGACAUCUCAUGGGGCCCCCUACUGACCCUGGCCCUUGGGCAGUGCCCGAGUUUCCAAAUGGUCAGUCCGCCCCUGGGU